AUGCAAUGGCAAAAAAUUGAGCUCUAUGGCGACCGUAUAUUGCAAAUGUUUCGUAUAAUUUGUGGUACCAGUUAUGAACAUUCUGUGGUCAAGAUCAUAUGA